GGUCAACAAGCACUCUUUGUCCGAAAAGCGUUUCUCUCGGUCGUCGUCAUCCGCCUCGUCGUCGCUGACGUGGAUCGACGCGAGCGUGGUCACACCUCGUCACCAGUGACGAGCACUGCGUCAAAGUUUGGGGUUUUUUUUCUCCUGUUCAGAGGUGAGAGACGAUGGACGACAGCGCCAAUGACUCGACGGCAGAUGAGGAGGAGCACCUGGAUGGAAUGUCUCCUUCACGAGUGUUGGACAAACGGGAAGACCACGAGUCUGACGGAGACCCGCCCACAGGACGACCGACCGCCUCCAUGGACGAGUAUGUGAGAGAGGAGGGGGACGACUCGACUUCAUUGACAAGCUGCCACUUGAGAUCGGGACAAUACGCCGCCAUCUCGCAGAGCGCCGCCGCCGCCUCACCAGGCGGCGCCCACCAGUUCUACAUCCAUGCAGGACAGAUGAUCAUACAAGCCGCCACCGGAGACAUACCCGCCUGCCAGUUGCGCUCACCCACCUCGGGCCUGGCCCACAGCAUCGUGUUGGCGGCAGCAGCGCCGGGCGCCACGCACAGCCCGGUGUCGCACCACGCCGAGGAAGUCACCCGCAAGAGGGAAGUCCGGCUUAUGAAGAACAGGGAGGCUGCGCGCGAAUGCCGGCGGAAAAAGAAGGAGUACGUCAAGUGUCUGGAAAACCGUGUGGCUGUGUUGGAGAACCAAAACAAGACGCUGAUUGAAGAACUAAAGGCACUCAAGGACAUUUACUGCCACAAGGGGGAGUAAGAGCACCCAGAAUCUGCUCCAGUGUUUCACCGCCUUUGCCAUAACCCGAAAAACUGUUGUGACUGCGUCCGCUCGCUCUGGCCUCUGCCUCCCUCCCUCGUGUCCCGGGAACGGCCUUCAGCUCUGGACUCUGAGUUGUGCUGUGAAGGAUUUUAAAGAAUAACGCCUCCCGGGAACGGCACCCUGUACGCACCAUUUGUGGCAUUUUCGCUUUAGUUUCUGCCUAUUUUUGGGAAGUCUGCAUCGCAAUCACUGACUUGCAUGACUUCAUUUCCAACCAUUUUAAAUCAGCAGUAAGGAAACAAAUGGGAAUUAUUUUUUGUGUCUUGGGACUCCCCCUAUUUUAAUUAAAUCUAAUAGCCAUCAAAGAUGUUCUUAUCUGAUAGGACAUGAUAAAAAGCUAAUGAUGUUCAUCCACUUGCUAAAUGCUAACUGUUAAUUGUCAUCAACAAAGACCAGAGGUUUGCUAUGUGAACAGUAAUCCUAUACUUGGAAACUCCAGAUGCUACGUUAAAAGUGAAAAUUCUCACACAAGUCGACACGAGUGCUUGGCUUACACCUACACAUGCUAAACACAAUAUUUCCAUAUAGUGUUCAUGUGCAAGCACGUCACACCAAUUUUCAAUGUGAGCACUGAUGCUAAUACGCCCUCGUUGGUCUCUGGGUGGCCAUGGUAAGCUAGUAUUGCUAAAUGCUAACAAAGCUUGUUUACGGUUGUAACAAAAGUGUUAUUUGUUCCAAGAACCCACAACCACACUAUUUGCUACAAUAACAUUAGCACUGAUGCUUAUAAACAGACCAGUAGGCAAUCCAGGGGUUCCCUUGGCAACAGCAAAGCUAAUUUUCCAUUUCGGCGUAGCAUCCUGAUGAUUUUCAAGCUGUUCCUUUUUGGGUUCAGUUGGGACAUAUGUGACUUGAAUUGAUACAGAUCGGUAUUAUUUUUUUCAAAAUGAGUUUAGCUGACUACGGCUGCUCAUCAAUCAAGCUAGUAUCGUCACAUCAGUGUCUGAUUAUGAUGGUCUUUGAGGACAGGCAAUACACAACAAUAGCAUUAGCAGUGACGCUGAAGCUAACAGAACAGUAUGUGUGUCCUGGCUGAUCCACCAAAAUGAAUAUAAACCAUUAAUGUGUUUGAACAGUCAUUCUAUUCUCCCAUGUUACAUAAGCUGGCGUAGCAUCCUCACGAUUUUUUGAAGUUAUAUUGUUACAUAUCGUUGCUUUAAUUAAGACGGAGGAUAACACCAAUUAUUUGUCUCUCAAAGCACAACCAAUGAAAACCAGUCAAUACCUUUUCACUUAUUACGGUUAUGAAUAAAAUGAUGAUUUUGAAAGUUAAUUUGACACUUUUUAAACAGCACGAGAGCCCAAUUGUCGUUUUUGUACAUUUUUUCAUUUUCAUCGUGGUGUAAAUAAAGUUGUUUUGUGGCAAGAAAA